UGGCAAAUUUGUCCUAUAUUAUGCAAACUAGAUUACAUUUAUAAAUUCACGAUAUUACCUUUUUUAUCAUCUUACUUGUUGGUUACUUAUCUGGAGCUACCCAGAAAAUCAUGUGGAAGCUGAACAAGUCGAUUGCAAAAGAGUUGUUACCUACCCAACCUGUGGACUUUACCAUUGAACCUUGGUGGCGUAUUUGUCUUGUUAACUUUACCGUGGAAGACUUUAAGAAACUUUCAGAAGAUGAAACGGCAAUGGUAAAUAAAAUCUGCAGGGAAGAAGCUAAUACAUUUGUUCAUUUUGAUCCUGACAUUAUAAAAGCUCUUUAUCGACGGGGGUUGGUCUAUUUUGAAGUUCCUGUAUAUCCAGAUGACCGUAUUAAAGGUUAG